AUGGCAACUUUACGUGGUACAGUUACGCAUCAUGAUAACGGUACCUAUGCGUUAACCUUUCAUAAGAAGGAUGAUUUAUUAAGUUCUGAAGUAGAACAGCGUAUGAUCACUACCUUCUUCGUCGUCUAUCCUCAAAUUGUCUCACGGUUCAAUUCGAAUUCUGCUUGCAGUGUUCAGUUCACAGUAGACCCCAAUUUUAAUAAAUGUCCAGCUGUGACAAGUGGAGCUAAUGUGACGUUCAGUGCAAAAUGGCUCCAGGAUCAUCCGGCCGACACUGAUAUAGUGACUCAUGAAUUGAUGCACAUUGUGCAAGAUUAUUCGUUUGAUAAUCCGACGUGGCUCGUUGAGGGUAUUGCUGACUAUGUUCGAGAAAAAUAUGGAAUGAAUAAUGUAGCAGCUGGCUGGUCAAUGCCAAACUACUGUUUCAAUCAGAUGUAUACAGAUAGCUACAGAGUGACCGCACGCUUUCUCAUUUGGCUGGAAAGCCGGAUCAAUUCGUCGAUCGUCGAACAACUUGACAAAUGCUUGAGACAGGGAUCUUAUACCGAGCAAAUAUGGCAGCAGUUGACUGGCAAGACUAUCGAUCAACUAUGGAAUCAAUAUGCUCACAAUCCUCAUUUCAGCGAUAGUGAGCCGAGGACGGGUACUGUGUCUGACGGUGUCUACAAGCUGAUUAAUAUUAAUAGUAGUAAAGCUCUUGAUGUUGCCAAUUCGGGCACAAAAAAUGGUACUAAUGUACAAAUCUACACGAAUAAUGAUACUUCCGCUCAAAAGUGGCACAUACAAAAUACUGGCGAUGGCUCAUAUAAGCUAAUAAAUAUCAUUUGUGGCAAAGUAUUGGAUGUCGAACAGUCGAGCACGUUGAAUGGCACAAAUGUGCAAAUUUGGGAAGAUAAUGGAACAGCUGCACAACGAUGGAAUCUUAAGGCUAUAGGCGAUGAAAACAUUUACAAGCUUGUUAACGUCAUUUGUGGCAAAGCAUUGGACGUCGAUCACUCUGGAACAGCUGACUGCACCAAUGUCCAAAUCUGGACUGAUAACAACACAGCAGCUCAAAAGUGGCGAUUGGCCCAGUUGUCAUAA